AUGGCGAGAGGAAGAGUAGACGGUAUCCCAAAGCUAAACCAUUUCAGAAACUGCAGUGUGCAUAUAUAUCCGGACAUACGGGGACAAAGGAAGGACAACGGGGUAAGAGCUAGGCGAGGGGACGUGGGUGAGGCGGACAAAGAGGCUAAAAUAAGGAGCUAUGCUUCAUCCGUUCCUACGACGGAAGAUACUCCCAGGCAGCAUAAAGCAUCCAGAAUAGAGCGAAGCAUCCAAGCAUCCCAAGCCCGAAAAGCACGUCCAAGAUCCGUCCAAACAGCGAAACAACGCCGUACGGCAGCUGCUGACUAA